AUGUCCUUGUCCAGUGUAGAGCCUCUAUCGUUCGACCCCGCAUAUUCUUUCGAAGCAUCUCAAUCCAGAGACCAUUCAGGUGCUCCCAGGCAGCACUCGUUCAACCCCUACACUGACAAUGGUGGAACUAUUCUUGGAAUUACCGGCGAUGACUUCGUUGUGCUUGCCGGCGAUACCAGGCACACUGCCGGUUACAACAUUAACUCUCGAACUGAGCGAAAGGUAUACAGACUAGGCGACAAUAACCUCAUCUUGGCCACAGUUGGAUUUGGUGCGGAUUCAAAGGAUGUUGCAGAGACAAUGACAAGGGCUGUUAAUGAUUUUAAAUUCAAUCACAACCUGAAAAACAUGACUGUAAAUGCGGCUGCACAGUAUCUAUUUACUGUUCUAUAUGGAAACAGAUUCUUCCCCAAAUACACACAUUGUAUCCUUGCCGGGCUGGAUAAAGAUGGCAAGGGUCGCCUCUAUUCAUACGAUUCCGUCGGUUCCUAUUCAAAAGAGGGUGAACGAAGAGCAGCUGCUGGUGCUGCCUCAUCGCUAAUCGUCCCCUUCCUAGACAACCAGGUUGAAUUCAAAAAUCAAUACCUCCCUGCCUCUAACGGUACUCAAGAAAGGCCCGUUGAAGACCUCCCCAAGGAAACUGUUAUCAAGCUCGUCAAAGAUGCAUUCACCUCUGCUACCGAACGCCACAUUGAGGUCGGUGAUGGUCUCCAGAUCAUCACAGUCACAAAGGAUGGCGUCUUCGAAGAGAUGACAGAAUUGAAGAAAGAUUAG